AUGUUGGAGAGGAAGAAUAUGGUGAAGCUAAUUUCGAUGAGGAUGAAGUUGGAGAUGCAAGAGGCUGGUGAGGUAGAAGUUGAUGAUGUCGAAACCUACGAUGGUGAAGAAGUCACUGAAGAAAAUGUCGUUCAAAGGGGGAGGGGAUGUCCCUCAAGGCAUACAUCCCCUCGCUUUCCUCUAUUCAUAAUCUGCAUUGAACACCGCCACUAUCGUUACCUCGCCUUUCGUCUUCCGUCGGCGCUGCUACCGCAUCAAAUCACCACUUUCUCCUUCGUUCAGUAUAGUACCGUGCUCCAAAGGCUCGAAAAACCUCAAUCGGGGCUUAAUUCCUCGCAUUUGAUUCUGUGUUCAUCAUUACUAAUUUUCGAAAGACUUUUAGAUCCAUUGCAAUAUCAGUCUAUUGUUGAUGCAGAGUGGAAUAUCAUUUAUGAUAAGUUGGAUAAAUGUGUGAAGACUGGUGCCAAGAUUGUACUUUGUCGUCUUGCUAUUGGUGAUCUGGCUACACAGUAUUUUGCAGACAAAGAUAUCUUCUGUGCUGGAAGAGUUGAUGAAGAUGAUCUGCACCGAGUUGCGGCUGCAACGGGAGCUACUGUACAGACAUCUGUCAACAAUGUUGUAGAUGAGCUACUUCAACAUAUAUCAAUACUACAUCAAGCAGGGGACAUACUACUAUGGACCCCCUACCCCCUCCUUUAUCCCAUAGUAAUGGAACAUGAAAGAUGGCUUAAACCCAUUCUAUGCCGCCUGCAGACUAAAGGAGAAAGCUCACAGACUUUAUACAAGAAGGAUGCAAAGAAGAGAAAACAAUGUCUAAUUAUUUGAAAAGCUUCACGAUGUUCUUUU